AUGGCUCAAAUUCAGGAUAUACCAAGCCGCUGGAUAUGCGACGACCGGUCUCAGUUGUCAAAGACAAAGAACAACUCGGACUCAUUGUUCCUCAAUUUACCCGUCGAAACCGUGCUCAUCAUUCACUCAUUCCUCCCAGCCAGCAGUCAGCUGUGUCUUCUGACAACCUGCCGCGGGAUAAAAGUAUUACUAGAGUACAGAAACAGAACAGUCCCAUAUUCUCGAUUAACACUUGAGCAAAAGCGGGAGUACAAGACAUUUGUAAUACGGCAGUUUCCUAAUGCUUGGCUUGAUGAAAAAACGCUACGUUUCCGAGAAUUUCAAGAGGAAGACCUCUACCCACAACCGCAAGGUCCUCCAGUUGGAGUUCAAACAGGUUGGAACUACCCUGAUCUCUGGCGUUUCGCGGCUGGAGCCUUAUUGAUAAGGCAUAGGCAUGUUCGGAUGAGCCUCAUAUACCACCGAUUGGAAAAGAAGACUCGCCAGCAAAUGUCAUUUCUCAAGAGUCUCCUGGAGCCAUAUCACACUGAUUUCUCGCCAGGCUGCCACAUACACCCUUCGGAAAAGUCUGGAGUAGUAGGCCACUUUGAGUCUCAUCCCAAGCUCGUCUCUGGUCGAUAUCUUCUUUUCAACAAAUGGACCUUCACCAACCCCCUGAGAGGCGGGACGGUAGGACUCCACAAACUCAGGUACUUUGGAGUUUGCGAACAUCAGGCCAUGUCAGAACUCGACUGGAGAGCCUUCGUCGUGCGCCGGGGCUGGGGUGAGGAAUUUGGUGUCCGAACACACCUUUACUUAAGAAUGUGGCAGCCUAGUCGUCUCAACGAGGAGCUAAUCAUAUGCGUCCAUGAGGCAUUCAAAAACCCUGGACGCCAGGUAGAUGGCCUGUGUCCGUACUGCCUGACGGAGUAUUCGAUCUGCAAAACAACGAAGAGGAUGCAGAUGCGUGUGUGGAGGGACUUGGGGACCGAGGAUUCGUGUUGGAGUCCGGUUUGGCAAACACAUUUGGGAAAAGUUGAUCCUCAGGGUUUGUCCAGGGGCGAUGAUUGCCUUGAGAUUCGGUCUCGUUAUGGGGAUACGGGUGUAGAGGGAUAA